CAUGUACAGUAUAUAUACACGCACGUACCCGGCCCGAGACACGUCUACUACACGCGCAUGAUCCCAGAUCCGUACAUCACGACGAUUGAUUAUCUCGUCAAUUUCCUGCGGUGAUUACACGUACACAUCGAAUCAUUUAUCAAAUAAGUUUAGCCGACAUUUGGACAAGCAUGUAUUACUCUAGCCUUCAAACUCUUUCCAGGCAGCUCAUGACCGGUGUCAGCUCAGGAAACCUGUUCACCAAAAGAUGGUUGACCAGUGUCAGCAAAAACGCCGGUGCCUUCCGCGGUGAUUCAUCAUUGAGCACGUUGAUGAGCGCAGCCCCUCAUCGGCGGGGUUCAACUUUCAGUCGCCAUCAAAUUUUUCGUGGUUCGAAUUUCCGGACAUACACACCUGAACGACGCCUGUCCCUUUCCCAACCCUCAUGGGCUGAAACACAAGACUCGGACGGAUCGACCACGUCCCUGCUGGAGACCCAGCCGAACGAUUUCGUAGACUUUCUGAAGGAGAAGAAAAUCCGGCGUUGUUUCGUGGUGUACGACACCAGUGCCGGGGAAGUGAGGGUGUCUCACCCAGAGCUGGAAGAACUGGCCCGCUUCGCCCGAGAGGACCGGGUGGAUUAUGACAAGCACGAGGCUGUGUUCAUGGAGGUUGGUGCCCGCUCUGGGUGCCUCCUCGGUGCGUUCAUCUGGAGGACAAACAGGGGACAGGCUUGUGGGGGUAUCCGACUGUGGGACUACACUACCAUGGAGCAGUACCUGAGGGAUGGACUCAGACUUGGCCAAGGGAUGGGUGUCAAGUCAGCCCUGGCUGGUCUAUGGAAUGGUGGUGGUGUAAGUGUUGUCUGUGAGCCCCGGGAGCGGCUGGCUUUGGUCUCUGACCGCCGUGCUUCGCUCCUGGCCGACUGCGGCUGCUUUCUCUCCAGCCUGAAUGGCUGCCUUGUGGCUGCCGAAGAUGUAGGUCUGAAUGUGAUAGACUUGGACAACGUACACAUGUUCACCCGCUACACAACGUGCAUCUCUGAGGACAAGGGGGGCUCAGGGAACCCCUCUGUUGCGACUGGUAAAGGUGUAAUAUGUGCAAUGGAGGGAGCCCUAGAUUUCCUGGACAUGGGAACCCUGACGGGGAAGCGGAUUGCAAUCCAGGGAGCGGGUAACGUCUCCACCAUCAUUGUGGAGGAACUGCUGAAGAAGGAUGUCUCUCACAUCUAUGUGACAGACUGCCACACGAACAGGGUGACAGACAUGAAGAAUCGAUUCCCCGGGGUAACCGAUAUUCUGGAAGUGGAAAAAGUCCCCUUGGAAGAUAAUGCAGUGCUGGCCUAUCCCUGUGACAUUGUAUCUCCUUGUGCACUGGGCAAUAUUCUCAAUGCCGAGACCAUCCCAACCAUACAAGCCAAGAUUGUGUGCGGGGCAGCCAACAACCAGCUUGGCUCCCCCGACGAUAACCUGCUCCUAAAGGAACGAGGUAUCACCUACAUUGUUGACUACCUGGCCAACAGAAUGGGUAUUGUCAACUGUGCCAACGAGACCUACGGAAGGCUUCCCAAUGAUCCAGCCAUAAACAGACACUUUGGUCGGGAAUGGGAAAAUUCGAUAUUCCUGAUGACCAAGAAGAUUCUGCAGAAGGCAGAGGCCGAGGACAUCACGCCCGUAGAGGCGGCCAACGCCAUUGCCGACAAGCUCAGUAUGGAGCUGCAUCCGAUAUGGCCACACCGCAGCCAGCAGAUCAUCCAGGCCCUCGUGGAGAACAACUGGCAUCUGGAAUGAAGCUGCGCAAGGGUAAAAAGAAAUGUGUCAGUGAUCCCACGUCCAUGGGCUUACAUUGACAGGAAACUCCCUGCAACGUUUACAAUGCAUGCUUACCGGGUAUUUAUGCACCUUUAUAAAUUCCUUGGUAAUUCUGGGUUUUAUCUCCACCACUGGUUUGGCCUGAUUUUUAACCGCCAGACUUGGCAGUCAGUACCUCAAUAAUAAGUCAUAUACAAAUGUAUUGAUAUUGGAACAUUAACUGUAUGAAUUGAUUCAAAGGUCGAAGUAUUUCUAUAUUCUUCAAACAAUGUAAGUCUUUCAGUGAUGCCAAUUUCAAAAACCCUCUGAAACACCAGGCCUUAAUAAGCCCUCUGACUUUUCCCUGGUAAAUGUCCUCUGAAAUGCAACACGUGGCAGUGAACUAGUGGUACAUAACUUGUAUGGAGACAUAAAACCUCAUGUGAAGUCCUAGGGCUUAGCUUGACAGUCCCAAAUCCAUUGAAAUACAUGUUAUGCUAAAAUGAGGUUCACAUGUCGGAGGAAUCGGGGUAGCUUAAGUCUAAAGAAACAAGUGCCAGAUGGCUUGUUCUUUCUUUGAAAUAGCUUAAUUAGCUUCAGAAAAAGAAGUAGAAUUCAUCUGUUUAUAUGCAUUGUAUCCACAAACUGUGGUUUCAACCAAGUGGUGAAAAAAGCGAAGGCUCCUGUGUUCGGGGGAUAUUUUGACGAUGUGAACGCAUCAUUUUAGGUCUUUCUCUCAAGAGUCUGGGUUCUAGUCAAGAUACAUAUAUCAAUGUGCUCCACACCUUAGAUGCCAUCUUUGGAUAUCUGACUAUUGUCCUACUUCUCUCCUUUCUUACGUAAGCAGCUGGGGCGUCCUAUCACAGGGUAAGAUUCUGUGCUUUCCGCAUCACACACCGUAGUCCUUUGCAGUUGUUGUCAAGCCUUGUCUGAAUGGAGUAUAUUUUGGCUGUGGCUUUAAAUUUGGGCAGCAGUGCAUCACUUUUGAUAGCCGUAGCCAUUACAACUGUCUAUUCAGACAUGGCCUGAUGUCAAAGAUGGCAGAUGUUUGUGUGAUAUUGAAAAUACAACUGAAAGUCUCAGCAGCGGCUUGCAGUAAUACAUACGCCCAUAGGAAUAUGAGUAAUCACUAGCCUUAGCCAAGACUUUAGAUGCAGCCUAGCAUGAAAUCUUAAGGAAUUUCUUACAGCUGUUUGAUGCAGAUCUUACAAAAUGUGGAUGGAAUGGCUUGCCUAAUUUGGGCUGAAGCUUCCUGACUGACUUGACUGAGUGUAUGAGAUGUGCAUUGGGCAGCCACUGUCUUUCAACUCAGCGCCUGUUGGAAUCCUCAUGCCCUGAUCUAAAUUAGCACUUCACAUGGUUGAAAAAUUGUUGCUUGCUCAGUGUUGCCACGUGCAGUAGCGUAUCCUCAUUUAUUAACUCCCAUCCCUGCAAAAUGCAGCAGAAUGUGGUGAAGUGGUGCUUUUUGUUGCACUGAACAAAAUGGCAGAGCUCACUGCAUAACUCAAUUGGGCCAAUGCUUGUGUAAAUCCUGUUCACUGCACACCUGUCACAAUAUCUGCUUGUGCAUUUUGGAUUCCCCUUUCAGCUGUGUUGCAUGUACAUUUAGGGUGCACUGUUGUGCAUAGUGUGGCUAGAACCCGUUGGGGAUUACAAGACAAGAAUACUGUGGAGCAUGGAGGGUCGUAGAUGGUAGCCCCGUCUUUUCUUUUGUAUUUCUGUAUUUUCACAAGCCUGUGUCUGCUACAGGCUUCAUGAGUGCAUUGUAUUCUGAAAUAAACUGGCAAAACGCAUCAUUUCAACUUUUUUUCUAAAAGGGUUAAUCCCUUCCUUAUGUUGGAAAUUUUUGGGCCAUUGUUAGAUUUUAUUCUGGAUAUACACUGCAGUGUUGGAUGUGUAAGACAACAAUGCACUGCUAAUUCAGCAAAUUCAACUGCUUAUUUAAAAUUUCAAGUAUUUCAGUUUUAAAUGUGGGCUUGCCAAUUAGACAUUGAACUGUGAAAUUGGUUUCCAGAUGCAAUUAGGCUGUGUCUGAGAUGGGCUUUCAGAGCUACGACUAUAUCUGUCAUCGGUAUGUGCUCAUGUAUUACAACCAGCAGAGACCUAGCCUUAGCCACAAGAUUCAGACACAGUCUAAGCUUCAAUAUCCAUCCAGUGGAUAUUAUGUAGCAGGGCAAGGACAUACAAACUUUCAAUCAAACCUUGCUCUUACUUCUAUGCCCUGAAAAUCAAAUACAAUGCAAAGACAAAUUUUCAUGCCACAGUAUUUUGCAGUGACACCUGUGUUUCAACUUGAAAAUUUCAAAUCGAAAUUUGUUUAUCUUUCACGUGUUACAUGGAGAAAGGUUGGGGUAAUUAUAAAUGUGCAUAUUUUUGUAGAUGCAGAUAUUUUCAUGCAAAUUUCAGCCCUGAUGUGUCUAAUGUCCAUUGUAUAAAAAGCAUAAGUACAGUAUUACAUCUUACACCAGUUUGGUAUGUCUCUGAAAUGUAAGAGUGCAAACGUUUUUCCAUUUGAAGUUACUGAUGAUCUUAUCGUGCAAAAUGAAUAAUAGAGCCAGAAAGUCAAAGGUCAUGCAGCGAGCUUCUGGAACCCUCGCACGGUCCGCCUGUGGGGAUUUUAUAUAGGGCCGUCCUAUCAUGUUCAAUAAUUUUUUGAAAAAUAAUUCCUAACUGAAACCACCCCAUGAAACACUCAUGUUGGAAUUUUACCUUUGCCGU